GUUGCAGGGUAGGUAGGCAGGUAGGUGAAGGGCGGGAACAAGGCGGCGCGUGGCGGCUGCUGGGACUGGAGGCCUCCUGCGCGCCCGGGCUUUAGUCACUUGCACCAUUGUUACCUGGAAAGAUCAAAGAAUGCAGAGCACAGAUUGGCUUGACAUGAGCAGCCGUAUGCUAUAAUUUUGCAGAGAAAGAAGGUUACCUACAAAGAGAAGAACGUGUAUGGUGCAGAGCUGUGGUGUAACAGUUGGAUCACUUACCUUGAAGAACUUUAUGGAAUAGUUUCAUGCAGCGGUUAAAUCCAGUAUUCCAGACAAAGCCCUUGUUGAACUAGUUCCUUGGACUUUUGUGGUUCUACCUAAGAGCGGGAUGGCAGCAGUAAGCAGGACUCUGGGUUUGUUGCGUCAGGAUGCAAUGCACAGGUUACUACCCAUUGCUUGCCAUCUGCAUACAUCCCUCAGCCAACAUAACUCCAACAGGACGUCCAUCGCCCGCAUUCAGAGGCAGACGUACGGCAGGUCCUACCCAGUGCUCUUGGUCAGGCCUGAUGGAUCUACUAUUCACAUCCGCUAUAAGGAGCCAAGGCGGAUACUUACAAUGCCUGUAGACAUUAACACUCUUUCCGAGGCCGAAAGAAGAGCGAGGUUACGGAAACGCGAUCCCAGAAGGCUUAAGAGCAAACAGGAGCAAGUGUUGGAUGAUGAUUUUAAUUUGGACGAUUACAGAAAAUUUUGGAAGAAGAAAUGAAUUUGUUCUGAGGAUCUGUGGAAGUGUAAAGGGAAGAUUUGGCAACCUUGUCCUGCAGAGAAGGAGACUAACUUACUGUUAUAAGGAGAAAGUUCGUAGCUGAGUAAAGGUUCUUUCUUUCUC